AUGUUUUCUCCUUUAUCUUUUUCUCUCCCUGUCACUAUCUCUGUUUCCCAGGGACCACACAUAGCAUCAGUGACUUUGGCAGCCUAUGAAUGUGGCUCGGUGGAUUUCCCCGAACCGCCCUAUCCAGACCAAAUCAUCUGUCCCCAGCAGAGUGCACCGGCAGCAGGGUCUGAUGCUGCUGAGCAGGUGGGCGUGGAGGCUGCAGGGGAGGAAGGGUUGAUGGAGACAGCUGCCAUCCAGGGAAGCAUCUCUCUCUGGACCAUCCUCUCCAAAGUGCGCCUGGAAGCUUGUAUGUGGGGUGCAGGUACAGCUAUAGGAGAGCUCCCCCCCUACUUCAUGGCCCGAGCUGCGAGGCUGUCCGGCGCCGACCCCGACGACGAGGACUACCAGAGGAUCGAGGAGAUUCUGGACCAGACGCAGCCUGCACAGGACUUUGUCAGCCGAGCAAAAGUAGCCAUUCAGAAACUCAUCCAGAGGGUCGGAUUCUUUGGAAUUUUAGUCUGUGCUUCUAUUCCAAAUCCGUUGUUUGACCUGGCAGGAAUAACGUGCGGGCAUUUUUUGGUUCCCUUUUGGACUUUUUUUGGUGCGACACUCAUCGGGAAAGCAGUCAUCAAAAUGCACAUUCAGAAACUGUUCGUGAUCCUCACCUUCAGCAGGCACAUAGUGGAGCAGAUGGUCUCCCUCAUCGGAGCGUUUCCACUGCUGGGUGCGGCACUGCAGAAGCCCUUCAGGGAGUACUUGGAGACCCAGAAGGCCAAGCUGCACCAUCACGCCGGAGAGGGGAUCCCGACUGAGGAGAGCUGGCUGCCGUGGCUCUUCGAGAAGGUUGUGGUCAUCAUGGUAUGCUUCUUUGUCUGCUCCAUUGUCAACUCCAUGGCCCAGAGCUACAGCCAGCGCAGGCAGCCGGGGAAACACUCGGAGGGCAAGACGGAGUGAAGGCCAGAUAGCCACCACUGCCAAGCAUCAACUUCAGAAGCUCUCCCCAAACCCCCCGACUCAUUUCAGCUGACAAGCCACCAUUAUCUGAGGCGCUGCAUCUAGUUCCUGUGGUGUUGCUGUAGCAACAUGUUGAUGUUGGACUCGUUUUUCCAGGCUUUGCUUUUGGUAGUGUUUCAGCAGUUGUAAGGUAGGUUUUCUUGUCUUGAGUAGUUCAUGUCGGCACUUUGAGCACGUGAGAAGUAGGCAGUCAUUUCCCCAGUGAGGCCUUAAGCUGCACUAGAAGAACAUUAUUUGUCCAUGGAGUCUGUUUAAUUCCCAUUUUUUGAGUAAGCUUCCUUUUGUUGCGCCGUGAAUGUUCUGUAAAUUCAGCGCUACUUUUUUCGUUCAAUAAGAUAAUGAUGUGUUAUCUGAUUAUUAGGAAGAGUACUGUAGAGUUGUUAUGCAGUAUUAUCCGUGGUAAGAUAAGACUUUAUGAUGGUGUCAUAUUUUAGAGCUCUAAGUCACUGUAUUGUAGACAUGUUAACCAAUGUUUCACGGUUCUUUGGAGGACCACCUCUUCUAUUGUCCGCGCAGUAAAGCCCAUCAAGGUACUUUUGGACGAGGAAUGAUAAAUCGGCCCUGAAUCCCCCUGCUGGUCUCUUUGUCUGCCGUUAUUGUUCUGCUUCCAGGAAGAGAGCACAUGAGUCAGCCCGGGGGCCACUUCACCAGAUGCAUUCAUAUAUUGAAUCAGAUCUGCCACUAUGUGCGCGUGCCUGUGUGUGAGACGGGGAGCCGAGGGGGGGGG